GAUAGUGUCCUUAGGACGUCGCCCUCACAACGAUAUCACUGUUGUUUUUCUGAUUUUACUCCAUAUAAUGGACUCAUGAGAGCUUUUUCUUGAACAUGUAGCUUCCUACCUAACUCUUCACUCUUUAUUUCAACAAACUGGCAGCCAUGUUGCUACCAUCCGACGUCGCCCGGCUUGUUUUGGGGUACCUCCAAGAAGAGGGACUGUCGGCUACAGCCCGAGCUUUCAUCCAUGAGAGCACGAAUCUAAAAGAAUAUGCCGAACACACCACUGAAGACGGGACGAUUCCUGCUUGUGUGUUUUCUGUCUUUGGGAAAGGCCUCACGACCAUCUUAAAUGAGUAUGUAGCUGCCAAAACAAAAGAGUCUUGUCAUGAAGUACCUGCCAUGAUGACUUCGUUGUGGAAAAAACUGGAUUUUACACUCAACCAGAUAAAGUCAUUGCAGAAUUCCCCCUCUAUAUCAGCAAUUCAAAGAACACGUUCACGCAUUGGAGUGGCAAACAUGGCAAGACAGCGGGUCUUGACUGUGGCUUCAGCUGGUGGUGUCAUCUGCUCAACAGUUUCUGAAACAAGCUCCAUCAUCAGCCCUGCACUCACCUCCCACAGCAUGCUCAGCCACUCCACUCCCGUGAGCUAUACUGCGGCACACACCCGACCAGCUAUCAGCAGUGGCUCACACCUGCCGAUCCAUGAUACCAGCCGAUUUCUAAAUACACCAAGUCAGGGAUCACCUAUACAGGUAGUUGUUUCAGAACAACGGCUAAAUACAGGCCCGAUGUCACCUGGACGACGGAAAUGGGACACCCCCAGGAAGAGAGGUGGUGCUCAGAGUGGGUCAAGUGCCCCUGGCAGAUGUGCCAUGACUGUCAGUACGCCCAACGCAGAACCCCAACCUGAGGAGGCCGUCGAUGAGAACUUUCCUCAACUUGUGAUACAAAGUGCACGGGACAAGAUAUUAGGGGACAGAUCGUUACAGGAGAAGCUUGCUGAAAACAUCAACAAAAUCCUCGCCAACGAGCCCACACCCCAAUCAACAAAGGCCCCUUCAAGUACAGUGGAGGCAGACCAGUCUAUAGAUGAAAUCCUCGGUUUACAGGGGGAAAUCCACAUGAGUGAUGAUGCCAUACAUGACAUUUUGGAACAAACAGAGUCUGACCCAGCUUUUCACGCCCUGUUUGAGCUCUUCGAUUACAAUAAAACCAAAUUCCCUGAAAGUGAAGCAGGGGAUGGAGAUAUUAGCAAUAGUCCAGAAGAGAGCGACGCUGCUGGACCUUCAUCUACAGUCGGACCCCUUCAGAGUGAUGAGCCAGGCACUACAUUCAGAGAAGCCAAUGCUUUGGAUACAGUGAAGAUGAGAGCUGGACAGGAGCGUAAGACCAGAAAAUCCACCGCUCCCAUCUUUUUAAAGAAAACAAUUCUUGGCCCCAGUGGCAGAGCAUCCAGAAUUGAAAAUAGUUCAGCCAAAUUGUUAGUGAGUCAUGGGGAGCACCGAGGUGUCUCAUCUGCUGCAGUGGACACGAACAGAAAAGAAAAGGCCUCACUUUUUAAUAACAGUGUUUUUGUUACACCAAUGGAUAUUGAUGAAUCAUUGAAUACGCCUCCCCCUCCUGCAGACAAUAUGGCCACUGAGGACAGCACCUCCAUCACAUCUGUCCCCACUGAAACAACCCCUCUUCCCUCUGCUGCAUAUGCAGUGCCGGAAGCAACAUCGAAUGUUGACAAAAAACAGCAGCAUGAACAAGCACAAGGAACCAAAGUGCAAUCUGCUAUAGCCCCUCCUACCUUUUUGUUUCCUUUACAAGUUGAACAGAACAACACUCCAACGCAGACUGCUGACCUACCUCAUUCGUCACUUUCACGUAGUGGAAGAGACACUCCAUCAGGGUCUGCUUUCUUGGUAACACCUGAAUCUGCCUCUUGCACAUCUGCUUCUAGCAGUGCCACACUUACAACUGUCUCUGCCUCACUCUCAUCAGUGUCCGCUGCUGCACCAUUCACAGCAACACCUGGCUUAGCCACAUCUGCUUCUACCUCUACAACGCUUACAGCUGCACCUGCAUCCUCCUCCUCUUGUGCCCCAGAAGGUGCAGCACCUGAUCCUGCAACCUCCAGUCAAGCCACCCCAGGCAAAGCUGCAGCUGAUUCCAGUAAUAUAGUUUCUUUAAAGAUCAUCAUCACAGAUAACCAGGAUGAGGAGUCUUCCAGUGACAAGGCCUUGAGUCAGGCCAUUUCUAGUAUUUCCGGAGACAAGAUACCCACAAUCUAUCUUUCCUCUCCAGCAAAGUCCUCUGGAGUCCCUGGCACACCAAAGGCCAACUUGGAUGAGGCAGCACAGGCCGUUAGUGGCUUGCAAAGCUCUGAGGGACAUGCCAGUCCUCUUAGCUGUAAGGCUGGGGCUCUACUCGCUUCCCCAUUAUCAGGGACAUCACAGGCCCAGCAAAAUUAUAUAAUUCAACUACCCCUGGAUGCCACCAACACUGCCCUUCAAGGAGCUGCAGCCAGCUACAUCUUUUUGACUGAGCCCCCAACUACAGACAGACAGCUGCUACUCUCUGCUGGUGUCUCAAAGGGGCAGCCUUUACACACCAACCAGUAUGGAAUGACCACACCAACUCGCUCACGAGGCUUUUCCACUGGGUCAACACUCAUUUUACCAUCACCAGUCAAACCCGUGAUGCUUCCUGUUUCUGUGGUGGGGCAGAAUACUGUGGGGAAGGUCCAGAUGGUGUCCAAUCAGCUUGUUGCAAUACCAAAACCAGUACAGCAGUCAGAAACUGUUAAACCCAAGUCUCCCACAAUGGCAAUGAAACGGUCACCUGCUGGCACAGAGCAGCACCAUGUUGGUAAGUUGGCUCAACCUGUGUCAACUGGAAACACAGGCCAGCAGGAUACAGCAAAGGGUUCUACACACAGGAGGAUUUUGUGUUUUGACUCCUCUGCAGAAGUUCAACCACAAACCGCUAAAACAACAAGAACUACCACAACUCCAGCUACAAAUACAUCUCCAUCACAAUCUGUCCAUCAGACUGAAAAAGACGACACACAGUCGGUGAUGCGAACAAGACCUGCCAUCUUGGGUGGCAACAAGCCCAAGAGGAGGGUGGAAAUUAUCAGAUGCUCAGCAGAUCCCCAGACUGGGGGAGGUUUCAUGAAGGAUGCAGAGAAGUCCAUGCCUCCACAACAGCACCAGAAAGAUCCUCUUAAAAAGAACUCUCGCAAACAAGAUCAUAGCAUCCAUACCCAAGAGUCUCAAAGUGCAAGUACCAGCAAGGUUGAUGCCUCACAGCCUGAGACUUUGAAAAAGUCAGAAUCAGGAAGAAUAUCAAAAUCUAUUGACAGAAAACACAAUCAUGAUAAGGAUGGUGAUGCAGCAAAAGCUAAGGAUUCUCACUCUUCUAGGUCAUCGUCCUCUGAUUCUGCUCCAAAAUCAGGAACCAGAAAGGAGAAAGAAGAGAGCAGCAGGAAAGAACCUGCAGAAAAAGCUCCCGGCAAAGCACGUGAGGGGCGCACAGAGAAGAGGCAGUCCUCACAGGAGGUGCCAAAUGUGACCGCAAACAAGGAAAAUGAAAUAAAGGGUGGCUUGCAAGAGCAGCAGUCGACAGCUUCAUCCUCUGCAUUGAGAGACUUAAGUCCUCCACCUGUCCCCCAGCCUGCAUCUAAUACUCAGUCAAAGGCUACAAAAGCACCAUCAAAGACCAGCUCUCUGGCCAAACAGGCAGCUGAGAUGCUGCAGGACAUCCAGGGCCUAGGCUCUCCCUCCACCCCAGUCAAGAGGCCCACAGCGGGCAGUUCAGACCACACUCUUUCCAGGACCCUCGGGACUGGCCCUAACCAGGAGGUGUCCCCUGAACGUCCCAGGACUCCUUCCAGACAUAAGAAAGGUAAAGAUGGAGAGGGGACUCCCAAGCAUCUAAUGCCUCCCAACACCCCGGACAUCCCCACCUGCAGCCCAGCCAGUGAGGCUGGCAGUGAAAACAGCAUCAACAUGGCUGCUCACACACUCAUGAUUCUGUCCCGUGCUGCCAUCGCCAGGACAGGCACUCCGCUGAAGGACAGUUUGCGUCAGGAGGAAGUAGGAGAAAAUUCUGCCACAAGUUCAAAGAACUCUAAGAAACGCAAGCUGUCUUCCCCUACAGCCAGCCCGUCUGCAAAGAAAGAGUCAAAACAUUCUCCCAGCAAAAAGAAAGAUCGGGAAAGGAAGAAACUUGUAGAAUGCUUUCCCCAUGACUUGGAUGUGGAUAAGUUCCUGUCCUCACUUCACUAUGAUGAGUGAAACCGGACACACCAACAGGAAAGGACAACCAUAUCACUACCUGCUUAGGUUACUAUCCAGGAAUAGAACAAGCCAUCUGCUAAACCAGUGCCUAUGGUUCCUAUUAGUAACCUUGCCCGAGACCUUAUAAGCUGUAAUGUCUCCUUCAGCCAAUGACGGACUUUAAUUCGGCUGAAUGGUCUCCAGUGUGCCGUAGCAGCAGUAGGACAAAAAUGGCAUUUUGUUGUUGGUGGUGGUUUUUUAUUCACAUGCUCACUUCUGUUUAAAUGAUCGUUUUGAACUAUAACAAAACAAUAGGACACUGACAUCAUGGGUGCAUGUUGGUAAAAUGGGUGACAUUUUCUUGGUCAAUAUUUGACUCUAAUAAGUCAAGCUAAGGCUGACUAAUAGGUUGGUAUGUGAAAAAAAAAUGUUAUGUAAUAUCAACUAGUAACUGUAGUCUGAGCUCUCAUUGGUUUUACUUUUUCAUGUUCAAAGAAGUAAAUGGUUAACUGAUAAAUAUGAAAUGCAAUGUGAAGAAUAUAUUUUAUGGUAUGUGUGUGGGUGUGUGCGCAUGUGUGUAUUUUACACUUUUUUGUUGUUGGUAGAAUCAGACACACAAAAUGGCUACAGUUGUUCAAAUUUGCAUACUCAGGCUUCAUUCGGUGUUGUAAUAAAACAAAGAAUCAGU